AUGGGAAGUCUUCCAGAGGGAGAGUAUUUAGCUCGUUCUCAUCAUGUUAGUUUGCUCCAAACUCUUUGCCAUACCAACAAUAUGGUUGAAAAAACUCUAGUGAGAAGUUAUACAAGAAGUUUUAAUGGUUUUGUCGCUAAUCUCACCCUUAGAGAAGUUUCCAAGCUUAAAAGUGUGGAUGAAGUUAUAUCGAUUUUUAAAAGUUAUCAAUUUCAUACUCAAACCACUAGAUCUUGGGAAUAUAUGGGUUUUCCUCUAAAUGUACCUCGAAAUCCAAGAGUUGAAAGUGACAUUAUAAUUGGACACUUUGAUAAAGGUGUACUACCCGAUGCACAUAGUUUCUCCGACGAUGGUUUAGGUCCUAUUCCCAAGAAAUGGAGAGGUGUUUGUCUUGGUGGCAAGAACUUCACCUGUAACAGGAAGUUGAUUGGAGCACGAUUUUAUAGCGAUUCAAAAGAUGCAUUGGAUAUGAAUGGCCAUGGAACCCAUACAGCUUCAAUAGCCGCCGGUAGAAUAUUAAAAAAUGUCAGUUUUUUUGGUAUAGCCAACGGAACUGCAAGAGGGGGUGUUCCGUCAGCCAGAAUAGCCACCUACAAAGUUUGUGAAGCUUAUUGCAAUGGUUAUGAUAUAUUGUCUGGCUUCGAUGAUGCUAUAGCUGACAACGUUGACAUUAUUACCAUCUCAAUUAAUAUCGCCUUAUCUACAAAAAUUAGUGAUGAUGUAAUUGCUAUUGGAUCAUUUCAUGCAAUGGAGAAAGACAUUUUAACUGUAAAUGCAGCAGGAAAUUUUGGAGAAAAAGGCUUGGGUACGACAACCAGCAUUGCACCAUGGGUGUUCACCGUGGCCGCGAGUAAAGACAGGAAUAUCUUUAAUAGACUUGUCCUUGGAAAUGGACAUACGCUGCUAAGUAUGGCAGUCAAUGCCUUCAACAUGAGUAGUCAUAACACGGGGUUGGUGGAUGGAAGAAGAGCCACUCGUCAAUGUAACGAAACUAUCGCAAUACAAUGCACAGUUGAGUGUCUCGACCCAAGUUUGGUCAAGGGAAAUAUCAUAUUAUGUGAUGCUGAUUAUUUUGAAUCAGAUGUUUUAUCAAAUGUGGCUGAUGCCGGUGCAACCGGUGUCAUUUUUCGAUCAAUACGAGGUUCAAGAGACAUAGCUAUUAUUGUACCUUUACCCACUGCAAUUCUUAAUGACCAUGAUUUUCAAUAUGUUGAAUCCUAUCUUAAAUCCAAAACGUUGCACACCGCGCAAAUAAUAAAAACUGAUAUUGUUGAAGAUCAUGUUCCCACCGUACCUUUUUUCUCAAGUAAAGGGCCAAAUCCAGUUUUACCGGAAAUAUUUAAGCCGGAUAUAGCGGCUCCCGGCGUAAAUAUCUUAGCAGCAUAUCCUCCAUAUAUUUAUAUUGUAGAACCUGUGAGAAAUUUUGGUCGACUAGUAACUAAGUACAAUUUUGAUUCUGGAACUUCCAUGUCAUGUCCCCACGUUGUUGGUGCGGUUGCUUAUGUGAAAUCAAAACAUUUUGAUUGGUCGGCAUCUGCCAUCAAAUCAUCUCUCAUGACUACGGGUAAUUGA